AAGGACCCUACAGCCGUAGAAAGAGCAAAUUUACUGAACAUGGCUAAAUUGAGUAUCAAAGGACUCAUUGAAUCAGCUUUGAGCUUUGGCCGCACUCUGGAUUCUGACUACCCACCUUUGCAGCAGUUCUUUGUUGUCAUGGAGCACUGCCUGAAGCAUGGCCUUAAAGUAAGAAAAUCCUUUCUAAGUUACAAUAAAACCAUCUGGGGUCCUCUGGAACUGGUGGAGAAAUUAUAUCCAGAAGCUGAGGAAAUAGCAGCAAGUGUCAGAGAUUUGCCUGGCCUUAAAACACCACUGGGCCGUGCCCGGGCCUGGUUACGGUUAGCACUAAUGCAGAAGAAAAUGGCUGACUAUCUUCGCUGUUUAAUUAUUCAGAGAGAUCUUCUCAGUGAAUUUUAUGAAUAUCAUGCAUUAAUGAUGGAGGAAGAAGGAGCAGUUAUUGUUGGGCUAUUAGUUGGGUUGAAUGUGAUAGAUGCUAACCUGUGUGUGAAGGGGGAAGACCUAGAUUCACAAGUUGGGGUCAUCGAUUUCUCUAUGUAUUUAAAGAGCGAUGAUGACAUUGGGGGUAAGGAAAGAAAUGUACAGAUUGCUGCAAUUUUGGACCAAAAGAAUUAUGUUGAAGAACUAAAUAGACAACUGAAUAGCACAGUUAACAGUCUACAUGCAAGAGUUGAUUCACUAGAGAAAUCAAACACUAAACUGAUCGAAGAGUUAGCGAUAGCCAAAAACAAUAUAAUUAAACUUCAGGAAGAAAACCAUCAAUUAAGGAGUGAAAAUACUCUUAUUUUAAUGAAAACACAGCAUCAUCUAGAGGCAACUAAAGUGGAUGUUGAAGCAGAACUUCAGACAUACAAACACUCCAGGCAGGGUUUAGAUGAAAUGUACAAUGAAGCACGUAGACAGCUUCGAGAAGAAUCACAACUUCGACAAGAUAUGGAGAAUGAGCUAGUGGUUCAAGUUAGUAUGAAACAUGAGAUAGAACUUGCCAUGAAGUUGCUGGAGAAGGACAUCCAUGAGAAGCAGGAUACCCUCAUAGGCCUUCGACAGCAGCUUGAUGAAGUUAAAGCAAUUAACAUGGAAAUGUACCAAAAGCUGCAGGUUUCUGAAGAUGCUAUGAAAGAAAAGAAUGAAAUAAUUGGUCGAUUAGAGGAUAAGACCAAUCAAAUUAAUGCAACUAUGAAACAACUAGAACAAAGAUUGCAGCAAGCAGAGAAGGCUCAAAUGGAGGCUGAGGCCGAGGAUGAGAAACUUAAGCAGGAAUAUGUGAAUAAAUCUGAAAGUCUGCAGAAAGAGUUCUCCCAGAAGGAGAAACAGCUGCUUCAGCUGGAAACAGAUUUGAAGAUAGAAAAAGAGUGGCGGCAAACCUUAGAGGACGAUCUUCAAAAGGAAAAGGAAACUGUAUCUCAUCUGAGAAUAGAGACCCAAGAAAUAAUUAACCUUAAAAAAGAGUUCCUUAAACUUCAGGAAAAGAACAAGCAACUGAAAAGGAUAUGUCAAGACCAAGAAGCUGCUCUCCAAGAACUGGCAUCCAAGCUGAGCGAAUCAAAGCUGAAAAUUGAAGAUAUAAAAGAAGCAAACAAAGCGUUGCAGGGCCAGGUUUGGUUGAAGGACAAAGAGGCUACACAUUGCAAGUUAUGUGAAAAGGAAUUUUCUCUUUCCAAAAGAAAGCAUCACUGUAGAAACUGUGGUGAGAUCUUCUGUAAUGCCUGCUCUGACAAUGAACUGCCUCUGCCUUCUUCACCAAAGCCUGUUCGGGUCUGUGAUUCCUGCCAUGCAAUACUUAUACAGAGGUGCUCUUCUAAUGUGCCAUAA